AAAAAUCGGAUAUGGAUGCGAGAGAGAGAGAAAAGGGCAGCAACAAUGUGACAGACAACACAGCCGCUCGGCUCGGAGUUGUAGUGGAUAUCAGCUCAGUGAACGGAGGGAGGGCAGAGGCGAGCCAAGCCGAGCCGCAUGCUCGCUGUGCAACAAGGGGUACGGGAGCGGAAUAAUGAAGCGGCGGCCAGCAGAAUCCAGACAGCAACUAGGCGGCGUUUAGGGUCCUGUUUGCGUCAGACACAUAAGAGACUCAUGGGCAGGAAGAAAUAAAGGCAUCAGUUCAGCCCCUCCCCAGCUGACCUGUGUGUUGAGUCCUGGCUGUGGGGAUUUGUUGUUGGCGGGCCAGCUCCACUGGUGUCUAUGUGAGCGAACGGUAAUGAAGACCAGCAUGAAGCAGUGGCGGAGGCUGUUGUUGGUGGCCAUGCUGGUCUGGGUCUUGGUCUUUCUUGCUCUGCUCUCCUACUUCCUGGAUGCCCGUGUGGACGAGUCUCUGACCUCUGUUGGCUCUUUACUCUACCAGCAUCCUGACACCAGGCGGCUGGCCUCCAUACAAGCCUCCAAUCAUCAGCAUGCCGUCUUUGGUUUAAAACCUGAACUGGCUUUGCAAUUAACUACAACAUAUCUCAGAGACAAACCAGGACCAGAACCUUCCACCAGCUCCAUAACCUCAAAGACCAGCAUGGAGGCAAGCCAGAGCCCUUACGUGACUUACGGUAGCCAGGAGGCGGGUCGCCAAGAGUAUCUGGACCCACAGAGCCUGGCUGCCUGGUCCUCCUUUGGUACAGAGAAUGUGGGCUCUCAUUCAGACCCUGCAGUCCAGAGUCGCGAGAGAAUGUACCAGAACCAGAUCAGUGCCACUCAAUACCACGGCGGUGAGGAUGAAGAUAAUGGCAGAGAAGAUCAAGAUCUUGAGCACAAAGUUAGGACUGCAGAAGUUGGGAGAGCUGGUGGAGAGUCUUCUGACUUGGAAGAUUACUAUUUCUUCCGAUCUGACUCUUUGGUGCAGAGGCUGUGGAAGGGUCGCGUGUCCGCCGGCAUGCUCAGUCCCCGACUGCAGCGCGCCAUGAAGAACUACAUGAGUUCAAACAAACAUCACGUUUUUUACAACGGACAUCGGAAAGGUACCCAGAGUGCCAAAGAGUUGCUGUGUCAAAUGAAAGCCCAGGCUCAGCUGAAAACAGUGGAUGGGUUGGAGGAGCCCUUCUCCUCUCUUGGCUGGGCCGACUUUGUGCCAUCCCGUCCGCUGGAGCAGCUGAACAAACAGCAACAGGACAGGAGUGGUUUCAAAAGCUGUGCAGUGGUCACCUCUGCUGGCGCCAUCCUGCGCUCCAGACUGGGCAAGGAAAUAGACGCUCAUGAUGCAGUUUUGCGGUUCAACGCAGCCCCUACAGAGGGAUAUGAACAUGAUGUGGGAAACAAAACUACCAUCCGCAUCAUCAACUCACAGAUUUUGGCGAAUCCCAAUUAUGAGUUCAACACGAGCUCCAUCUAUAAGAAUAUAACGCUGGUGGCCUGGGAUCCUGCACCUUACAAUGUUAACUUGCAUAAGUGGUAUGAUAGUCCGGACUAUAACCUGUUUGGUCCGUACAUAGAUCACCGUAAGGCCCACCCCGACCAGCUCUUCUACAUCCUUCACCCCAGCUACGUGUGGCGACUGUGGGAUGUAAUUCAAAGCAACACUCAGGAGAACAUCCAGCCCAAUCCCCCCUCGUCUGGCUUCAUAGGCAUUCUCCUGAUGAUGGCGCUGUGUGAGCAGGUGCACGUGUACGAGUACAUUCCCUCCAUGAGGCAGUCCGACCUGUGCCACUACCACGAGCAUUACUACGAUGCUGCCUGUACACUAGGCGCCUAUCACCCCCUCCUCUUCGAGAAGCUCCUGAUCCAGCGCAUCAAUAAGGGGCUCGAGAGCGACCUCCGGAGGAAGGGACGCGCAACUCUUCCGGGCUUCAGCACCAUCGACUGUGGCAUUUGAAAUAUAAAACCCUCUGAGGAUGAAAGUAAAAGAGUAAAAAAAAAACUGCAUACACUGGUCUUUGCUGGUUGACCAAGGGAGAGUUGCAAUAAAGCCACAGCAGACAAGAAGGUUGAGGCUUACUCGUUUCCAAUUAGCCCCAGUAAGAGCAUAAGCCAUAGCCCUCCUGGGAGGGAUCAGCUCCGAGGUUCUCUAAAGACCUUGUCUUCUUUAAUAACAAUUUACUUGACCAGAGACUGGAGGGGUAAAACACAAAAACUCUGCUUUAGCUGAGCCACGUUAGCUGUGGAGCUGACUAGAGUAGCAACAAUUCAGUGUUUUAGAUAGAAAGUCAGUUUUUAAUAACUUGGUGUGUAUCAGUCAUGUAAAAAAAAACAAAAAAAAAACAAGUUUUGCAGUUUUAUGGGUGGUAUUCCACUUAAAGGAAAAGCCACAGUUUAUUACUUCAGAUUUCUUUUUUAACAAUCCAGAGUGGUGUGAGUGAAGAGAAGAGUCACUCUGAAUUUCAUAAAAGUCUCCACAUACUGCAGCAACAAAAAGAAUGUGCAGUUUUUAAAGAGAGAUUAUCCGCAUUACUGUACAUAUCUUCCAGCAGAAUCAGAAGCCGUUUCGAGUCGUCACCGGGGCGUUAGUUUCUCACUACUGAUGUUAUGAUUGGUCUAAAAUCACUGUUCUUUGCACGAUGACUGAGAGUCACCAGUCUGAUCACAGUUUAGGUUUUUUUUAAUUUUUUUUUUUUAGGAUGCACUUGUUUUGUAAAAAAUGAACGUAAAUGGGGGCCAAAAAAUGAAACGGGUGCUGAGAACAGCCAUUACCCCGUGCCUGAUGGUCAGCUGAACACUUUCCUCGGGUUGCCUUGUCACUGUUUAGAUAAAUGCAGUACACUUUGCGGCAGGACUGCAUUGCCAUCCAGUUUGAUUGUGAUGCUGUGUGGAGCAGUGGAUUUUCCUGCAGUCAUAUAGUUCUCAGCUCUGCCUCAACAAUCACCAGCCCCUCAGAUUUUAGUUUAUCCUUCUCUGCUCUCAUUUCACUGUUUAUUGAAUGUAUUUUUACCACUGCCUGCUUUGGCCAACCCUGUACCGGAGCUCACCUCUGCUGUACUGUCUGCAUACAUACGUCGCAGGGAUAUUACUUUGGGUAAAGUGCAUUCCUUACAAUUAUACAUGGUUCAGAGUUGCAAUAUCCACCACGGCUCAGAACAGAGAUGGUUAAAAAUCCGGGAUUUUUGGCCAGCAGUGUCUCGGGAUUUACUUUGCCUCCAAGUUUUGAUUGUUUUGUUUGCAGUGAGCCGGUGCCACAUCUGGCGGUAGCUGUAGACGUUUAAAGUCAGCACGGGAAUGAAGGCCUGAAAAUAUUUGGCUUGAGGGAAGUGUUUUAAUAAAUGUGUGCAAUCGGUAGUGGUUUGAUCAAAGAUUUGAAGAUGUUGCAUGUGAAGAAAGCGACUGCUGCAGUAGUGUAGAAAGGAAAAAGCUGCUUCUGUGGUUCGACUUGGGUUGGGUAUGUGCUUUUUUUUAAAGUUAUUCAAUUUUUAUUUUAUGAAAGAAAUGAUUAAAUACUUUAAAAUCGAGUGCCAUUUUUCACUUUUGGUGUUUUAUACACUGUGUGUUAAUAUAAAUUUGUGAUUUUGCAAAUACUAUGAGAAACUGCCAUGGUCAUCCAACAUUAAAAAAACCAUCAGUCUCUUGUUGUGUAGGUGCUUUUUUUUAAUGUGGGACCUCAGCUGUCCAACAUACUCGAUUGGUUGUUUGAAGUUUAUAGGUUUAUCAUCUCCAUGUUCUGAGAUGUUGAUGCAAAGUGUUUCUCUUCUUAAUGAGGCGGCAGACCCUUGUUGUUAUUUGAAAAACGUAACUGUGUAGUUUUAAAGAUGAGAGAUUAUAACAAAAAUAAAGUAGAAUUAGCAUUUAGACUUGAAUCAAAUUCAAUAAAUAUAACAUUUAAAACAGAGACCAUGUUUUUUGCCCUUUAUAGUUCUAGCAUUGCAGCACAGGUAGUUGCUGCUGGAAGUUGGAAAAGUUUUGCGGAGGAGGAAGAAAGCAAAGUUUUCAAGGUGCGUUGUGAUAAGAAUGCUUAAGUUAUCCAUUAAUACAUGAAGAUGUAUCAUUAAAUUCCCCUACUCCCUCUCUCCCUGCAUUGUGGAAAGAAAAACUAAUCCUGACAAAAAAAUAGAUUCAUAUGAAUGUCUUUCAGAGAGUAGCUCCUCUUAUGAAGUAUAGUGCACAGUCCUUUUGGAAAUAGUUGCCAAGCACAAUUUCAGACCUGAAAAGAGAUUUGGUUGAAAUGACAUUUUAAGGAAACUUCUGUCAAACUACCAGAAUUAUUUUUGUGAGGUGUAUUUCACAGCAAGUAAUAAAGCAACAUACUUUUCCCCAUCCGAUUUCAAUGUUGUGGUUGAUAACAUGUAGUACACUACGCAUAAGAUAACGCAGAAUUCCGUGAAUUACUUAGACGUUAGUUAAAAAAAAAAAGCUUCAUCACAUUGAUGCAAAAUUGUGUAACCAUGAAAACAUUUCCCACAAUGAGAUAUUGAAAAGGUUUUAGUAAAUUCUGUUCAGGCUGUUUCUAGAAAGUGGGCAUGCCCUGAGGUCAGUGUGUGCCAAGAUUUUGAAAAGUUGGUUUUAAUAAUUUUAUGCUAUUGCUUUUUAAAGAGAUGCAAGCGGAGGUGCUGGGUUGACCGGAGCGUUCUCCCGCCAACUUGCUGUGCUUGUAAAAUUUUCCCUUUAUCAACACGAAAACCCAUGCAGACAUUUAAAGUCAUUUCUAAAACAGUUAACACAAUUUUAAACGUGCAGUUAUGAAGAUACUACCAUGUCUGCUAAGCAACAGACUGUAGUAUGUACCACAGCAGAUAGCCCUACUAAUUAACCAGCUAUCAUUAGUUGGCUAUUCUUGCAAAAAUGGUGAAAUUCUGCACAACAAUCAGUUGGACAUAAAUGUAGUGGGUAUUUGUUCUGUAGUCAAAGUACUAAAUUUAAUAUAGAAUGUUAGACUAAUAUUAAAUAUGUAGUUUUAGCAGCAGUAGAAAAAAAAGUUUUUCUAUUUUUCAACCAAAGCAAUUAUGUCAUGUUAUAUAUUUUUAUUUUCAAAUUUACUUAUUAAUUGGGAUUUUUUUUUAGGUAGUUAUUGUACCAAAAGAAUGUAAUGCAGGCCCAUGCAUAGUAAUAAUUGUAGUCAAUAUUCUCACUCUUCCCAGUACAGACUAGAAGCAUUUGCAAGGCCUGUUGACACUUUUUCAAAAUAAACAUAUACCCAACCCCAGUCUGGUCUAAGAACCCCAGUAAUGAGGCUUAUAAUAAGACUAAAAAAAUGAUGUUUUUGCAGGCUGCAGGUUUCGCUGCAGGGGUGUUGACGUGCAAAAAGCCCUGAACAUAUUGUACAUUUGUGCUUUCCGUUGCACAAAGCAUGCAAAAGUCAGGAUUAGGGCUGAGUCUUAAACUGUGUGUGCUGUGUUGUGCUGAAGAUCAUUGCCAUUAAUGUUGUAGGAGUCGACUGUGCUUUAAGGUCUUCGUUGUUUUAUUGAAGGAUUUUUUUUUUUUGCAUCUUUUUUUUACUGCAUGCUUGUGGACCACAUUGGGUUGUGGUGUAGCAUUCAGCUGGUCCCUGAUGCCUCUUGGCAACUUCAUUUAUUCAUUUAUUCAGUAUUGUGCCAAAUUCCACCUUAAAUUGUUUGUCAGAUUGUUAAAGUGGAACAAGAACUCAGAAUAAAGACAAGUCUGGGAAAUUAGGGUUUCUCUCUGUGACCGUAAUAGUUUUUUUUCUGUCCACUUAAGUACUGAUUUUUUUAUUGCCAAUGUUAAAUACCGGAAGCUGUAUAAAAUUUUGACAUUAGCUUGUGGAUAAGUGGUGAAAGAGUACAUUGUUUAGACACUGAUGAUAAAGUUUUUCCUCUUUCAACCCGUUCUCCAGCCUUUUUUUCUCUUGAGGCCUACUUUUCAUGUCUUUGUUUUGAUUUACUAUGGUGGGAUUUGAUUUACUCUGGACCACACUGCCUCUGAAGGAUUGUUCAGCAUUUAAUUUUAGGUUAUACUUCAGUGUGAUAGGAGGUCCUGUUUCACUCCCAGCAGCCUUAGGGUGAUCUUGAUUUUUAUUAUUCAGUGGGUUUUCUUCUUCUUACACUUGAAUGAUAUUUAAAUGGAGGAUUUGUAUGAUUUGAGCUGUUAUCUCCUUUUUUACUGUGUGAAUAAAAUUGUUGAAACAUG